AUGAAAGUAGCUCCGAUGACACGAGCAACUACUUCAAAAAGGGGGAGGGAUCCAAGAGGAGGUACUCCAAAGCCUUUAGAUCCUCCGAUAGAUUUGGUUUGGAAACCAGACCUAGAAAAAAUAAUGAAUGUAAGACGAACUUCUCGAACAGUCCAAUCUACUCGUCUGCCUUUACUGAGUGAUGCUGAUCUAGGAAUGCCGUACGAUUUGAGUGUUGUUUCUAAUGCUUUUUAUGGGGACGAUUCAGUUUUAUGUCCUAGAAGAUUUAGUGGACUUGAUAGUAAAGACGUCGCUCUUUUGGUUCCCGCCAAACCUGCUAUAAAUGUUAUUCCUGGAUUAGCACAAUUAAGGAGACACUCAAAUGAUCCUAAAACAUGGCUUCGUAGAACUCAAUAUAUUAGUGCAUCAGAAAGUGCUUAUAGAAAUGAAAAUGCAGCAAUGACAAUGGAGAGCCGGAUGGCUACAUUAAAAGCCAGUAAUGAAUUUCUACAUCGAACGCAUGAAGAGCAAAUUGCUGCUAUUGAACAUUCAUUUGAAGCAGCAAAUGAUCCUAAACGUCUUAAACAACUUAAACAUGCUAAGGAUCCAAAUAUCAAACCUGUUGAAAUUAUUCCUGUCUUUCCUGAUUUUGAAGUUAGGAAUGCUCUUCUCGCCCAUCUUAUUUUAGAUGGUGAUCCAUGGGGAGGAAUUUCACUUGAAGAUGAUGAUGAUCAUGGAGAAAUGAUUCAAGAUCGAGCUGCCAAAGCUAUAAAGCGUCCCAUGGCCAGUGGAAAUGAAAGAUUUUUGAUGCUUUAUGCUCCAACAAAAGAAUCUACAGAACGACUACAAAAUAAAAGAAGAUUUGAAGACUUAGAUGGCGAAGUUUUCACAUUCAAAUGGGUUAGAGAUUAUAAUAUCGAGAAUCAAUAUUAUCCAAAAAAUUCGGAACUAUUAUUUUAUGAGAAAUAUGUUGAUGAUGAUGUGAAUAAAGAAAAACAUAUGCUAUAUUCACCUUUCUCAGUUAGAACAAUAUUGAAAAGACGCCGACAGACGGUAGCACCUAUUGAUGACAAAGAAUUUUUGGAAGUAUGCAGAAGUGAUCGACUUCAUGAGCAUGAAAUAGAGAGUUUAAUGAGUAAAAGGAAAAAAACAAAAAAUGCACAAGAAAGUAUACAAGAGGAUAUUAUUCAAGAGGAUAUUAUUCAAGAAGAUACUAUUCAAGAAGAUACAUUUCAAGAAGAUACUUUUCAAGAAGAUACUUUCCAAGAAGAUACUUUUUUUAAUGAAAAAAACCAUUUUGAAAUUUAA